UAAUUUAAUUCAUCAAAUUAUGAGAUUAAGUAAAAUCAACCAUUUUAGCCACCCACAUCCGCUCAUAUUAAAGGAUCCUCAAGCGCCAUAUCAAUGCGAUGGGUGCAAAGAACGAGGGUUCGGCUUAUGCUACGAAUGCGAGUACGAAGGAUGCAACUUUUCUCUCCACGACGAGUGUGCUAACGCUCCUCAAUCCGCCUACCAUCCGUUUUUGAAGGAUUGUAACCUAAGUUUUCAUUCAAAAGCUCCACAACACGGCGAAAGAUAUUGCGACGCUUGUGGGAAAGAUAUAUUAGGGUUUGUAUACCAAUGCAAUCACAAGCGUCCUCAUGAUUUACAUCCGUGUUGCAUAAAACUCCAACGCGCCUUAACUGCGGAUGGCGUUACAAUAUGCCUAAGCGAUAAAUUGCCAUCAAAAUGCUUGAAAUGUGGAUGUAAGGAUAUCGCGAAGAGGGUGCAAGGUUGGUGCUACGUUUCUUCGUGCGGUAAGUAUUGUUAUCAUGUAGCUUGUAUAAAGGAAUUGAUUGUCGAGAGCUGGAGAAAUCGACAAGAAACCGUGACACACGAGUCGAGUAGCCGAGAUUUGCAAAGUAUGAACACAAGUCAAGAAAUAGUGAGGCAAAGUGGGAGCUCUAGUAGGGUGAAAAAGUUGUUGAAAUUGGCAAGAACCGUUGUUAUGUUAAUAAUUUCUGCUAUCUUUGGGAAUCCAACAACUUUGAUUCUUGCUCUUGCGGAACAAUUAUUCUCCAAUAAUUAAAAGUUAGGUUAAGUUUAGGUUCGUGUGGAUUAUUUAAUUAUUUGAAUAAUCCUUUUGUUUAUAGUAUUUAUUUAUGUUUGAGAGUGGUGUACUAAUUUUCUUUAUUUUUGUAUUGCGUGUUUUUGGAGAGAUUUCAUUUGUACAAAAUUAAGAAUAAUAGAUGUUAAAUUUUGAUGAUGCGUC